AUGGCUUCAACAGACUACGUUCCCCGCGAACGAGAAAACUUGAAACGUUAUCCUCCAGGGGAAGAUGGCCGGGAUGAUGCCCUCUUCGGCCUGGCGUGGGCCCUACGCCAUAGAUACAGAGAAGAGUGUAACAUCAACGACUUGAACGAGGCAAUCGAUCACCACCGGGCUGCUUUGGAACUCCGACCAGUCGAAAACGAGAAAGGCGAUCGGACCGUGUCACUCAACGAGCUCGCUGUCUGUCUGUCGGAUAGAUUUGACGAGCAGGGGGCAGUCGACGACUUAGAAGAAGCCAUCUUGCUUGGACGUGCAGCACUAGAGCUCCGUCCACCAGGGCAUCCCAAUCGUGAUGUCACUCUCCACAAUCUCGCCAACUACCUCAAGGACAGGUUUCAAAAACAGGCUGAAAUCGGUGACCUGGAUGAAGCCAUCUCGCUCUCACGUGCAGCACUAGAGCUCCAUCCACCAGGGCAUCCUGAUCGUGAUUCCACUCUCCACAAUCUCGCCAUCUUCCUCAACGAGAGGUUCGACAAACAGGGUGCCAUUGGCGACUUGGAGGAAGCCAUCUCGUUCAGACGUGCAGCACUAGACCUCCAUCCGCUAGGGCACCCCGGCCGCGGCAUAUAUCUUUACAACCUCGCUUGCGACCUCUGGACAAAGUUUCAGAAACAGGCUGGCAUGCCUGGGUUGCACGGUGCGAAUUCUCUUCAUCAAGCUGCGUCGGUGGACCAUCCAACAAGCACAGCUGAUCUCGCUUCCUCGCUUCUCACGCUCUCACUCCACCUCUGGGACAGGUUCCAGAAGGAGGCUGCGAUGACCGACCUGGACGAUGCUAUUUGCUAUGCAGCGUAUGCUUUGGAACUUUGUCGUGCUUCGUCCCUGCAUAACCUGGCACAGUGUCUAGCACACCGGUUUCGUCAACAAUCCGCAGCAGCAGAUCUCGACGAGGCUAUUUCGUUGGAGCAAGAAGUCUUGCAGGUACUCAUGCCUGGGGAUCCCGGUUACGACAUAUCCCAGUGCUCCCUUGCAGCCUACCUCCGCAUGAAGGUCAAGUCACGA